GUAAAUAACUACUGGUAUGGCUAUUAGCCCAAGCUAGUGAGUAUACAUUUGAGUGAAUGUGAAGGCAGCAUUAUGCGGUUUAAUGAACGGACCGCGAUGGCGGCGGCGCGCGGAGCGAGCACACUGCGCAGUCGGCCUCGAGCUCCAGGCGGCGCGCGCGCAACUCGACGCAUCGGUGAAAGGACGCAUGACUCACACAAGCGCUAGACAUGAACGAGUACGCCGAGUACGACUGGAGGCUGCACCAGAUGCAAAAUGAACGCCUUUGUGACGUGUCCAGGAAAAGGCUCACAGACGGAGACAGGCAGCGAGCUCUCGACGGCCUCAAGGAAGCCGUCGAUUCGAGUCUCAACUUGGCCCUUCGUGACAAAAGUCGAUGUCAAGAUGACAGUUUCUUGCGGCGGUUUCUGUACGCGCGUAAACACGACGUACAGCAAAGUUUUGAAUUGUUAGUGCGCUAUCAUCAGCAUCGGCGUGAACAUCCAGACCUGUGGGCCAGCGCGGACGGAGGAGUGCUUCGCGCCCUGGCCGAUGGGCUGCCCGGCGUGCUCGAGCAGCGCGACCGACGCGGCCGUUGUGUGCUCCUCAUGUUUGCCUCCAACUGGACCCCGCACGCGUGCCCUCUUCUCUCUGUGUUCAGAGCCCUCCUCCUUACACUGGAACGCACCAUCGCCGAAGUGCAAAAUCAAGCCAACGGAUACGUUAUCAUUGUGGAUUGGACAGAGUUUACGUUUAAACAAUCGUGCAGUUUACAAGCGAAAAUUUUGAAGAUGAUGAUCGACUGCUUGCAGGAUUGUAUGCCGGUGCGAUUCAAAAGCAUACAUUUCAUAGGCCAACCGUGGUAUGUGGAAACGGCUCUAGCGGUUAUUAAACCGUAUCUCAAAGCCAAAACGCGGGAAAGAAUAGUGCUCCACGGAAACAACUUGUCUACAUUACACGAUGCGUUGCCUCUUGACAUUCUACCUGCUGAAUUGGGAGGAGAAGGACCCUCGUACAACUCUGAACGCUGGCUACAAGAAUUCUGUCGUUGUGAAAAUAUAGAUUCGAAACCUGUGCCUGUCGUCGUAGUGACGGCUCCACCGGCCGAGAACGAUCUUCCAACGGCGAAACUCGAUAAAGCGUAUAAACAAAAAGACAGUCCGAACUUUUCAUUUCACGGGAGCGAAAAAAGUGCAAAGUCAGAAUUACUUCGGGAUAAAGAUUGACUCAAUUGUGUUGUGUAGAUGAACCAGCGUGAUUGCAAUAAGACAGUUGUGUCUGGACGCCAUCGGGGCGUGUCAUUUCAUGUACUCAUAUGCUACGUGCAUGCAUUUUGUGAUAUCAAGUGUAUUAGUAAUUUAUUUUUAGAUUGCAUUAAAAAGGUGAAACCAAAUUCGGAAAUGUUAGCGUGACUGUGGAACUGCAUGACGUCAAACUGGAGUGACAAGUUUUUGUAUUAGUUUCAUCCAUGUGUAGUUAUAAAUUCAGUAUCGGCCUUACAUUAUGGCCUUUUCAACGAUGAGUCAGGUUUAUAAGUGGUGGGAGUAGAUAGAGCGGCUCAUCCCUGUCUGUACUGGUCCGGUCGAACAGCGCGGCGUUAGUAACGGUUUUGCGCUUUGCAGCUUUCCAAACAUUUCAGUUGAUAUGCAACUAAAUUCUAAACUUCACAAAACUUAUCAGUCUCUCAAAAAUAUAACACAGCCAUUUAAAAGAAUUGUCAUUUAUUUAUUAGCUAUCCGUAUUUAUUAAUAACACCAAUUAUGACAAGAAUCAUAAUGGUGAACUUUAGAUAGGUAAAUACGCUUUUUACAAAAUAAUUGCGAGGCUUGUUGCGCAUUUACUAUUAUUUAAGUUGUGAGAGUUUUUUGUGCGUUAUAGAAGAAUAGGAAAAUUAUCUUAGCUAGAUACGGAAAGAUCGUGUCUGGAACGAAUCCAUCAUAUUACUUAUAGUUGAACGACCGAAUGCUGCAGGCAUUUUUAACUAUUUCAUUUUUUAUGCUUAUUUUUUAAUGACUAGUUGUCAGGUUAGUUGCCACACAAGUCGUUAGAAGCAGAACCAUUUAUAACAAGAUAUUAUAUUUCUGUAUCUACCUUCGACUAGUACAGACUUUUGAUGAAGAUGUUUAAAAAUUUUGCCUAGAUCGUACAGGGUAAUAAAUGUUGUUGUAAAUGAUUGUUCUGCGCUUCCUACGUUUUCAAAAGAAACAGUAUUACCUAUAAUAAUAAAUCAUUGAUAAAUGACAUCAACUAUUUAGCUAUUUAGUAGUAAAUUAAUAAAUAACUCUGCUCUCACUUCGUAUACGUAUAUGCUCUCUUGGAAUGAAAUCAUUUAAUGAUAUGAGUAAGAUGUAUGAACUUGAUCUGUCCAUUAAUUGAAUUUAGGUGAGCAGGUUCUGAGUGUGACAUUGGACUUCGUAACUUAUUGCAGUAGUAGGUGUAGCUUUAAUUUUUAAAGAUAUAGGCAUUUGUGAAUAAGAGAAUUUGUGAAAAAUCUGAAACUGUAAAUAUAUUGUUCUACUUUUUUUACAAACUGUUUCACUACUAGCCUGAAAUGACAAAAACGUUGAUUUUUUAAAAUUAUACAAUAAAGUCCCGUAAUUCAUAAAACUCUUUUUACUUAAAUCUUUGAUUUUACUAAAGCUAGAAAAUGUAUCUUCCUAGAAGCCUAAUAAAAUCUACUAGGUAUGGUUUCUUUUAAGAAAGUUCAUUUUACUAAAUGUGAACUUUUUCUAACAAAUUAUUAACUUGGUGCUUAACUGCUUAUGGAUAUAUAUAAUUAUAUAUGUUGUAUAGAAUUGUCUAGAACAAAAAAUGUAAGACUUUUAUAAAUUUUAAAUUAUUGCUGGACGUUAAAUGGCAAAAAAAGUAAACAGUUUUCAAUACAAAUCUGAAUGUACACUUCCAAUGUCAAAUAACUUAAACGGAUGUUGAUUGUUUUUGCCUAUAAUAUAAUAAUCAUUUAUUAGGCACAGAAAGAUACUUGCAUUGUAUUAUAAAUACCUAUUAUUGAUGUAAACAACGUGCUACUCUUCAAAAACGAUAUUAUAAGACUUCAAUAAAUGUAAAAGAUAAACGU